UUUGCAGGGGAGGGUGGGCUUAAAGACGGUGGUGCUGAUUAAAGUAGAUUACCGGAGGGAGAGACGGGGGAGAGUGUGUGCUGGCAUCCCACUCUUCCUGGUUAACCACAGAGAUGUCUUCACCAUGGAAACAAUGCUGCACCCUCCUCCUCCUCUUCCUCUCUCUCCUUCUCCUCCAUCUCAAACCAUCCUCGUGCCUCGACCAGCCGGCUGCCGACAGUGCUGCUGUCUCUCCACACCGUGACGAAGAGACGACACACGCUGAUGGACGGAAGUGGACGGCGGAGCGUUUGACGUCCGAAGACCAAGCGUUGAGACAACUGCAGUCGCCCGAUGUGUCCCAGAGGAAGUUGCUUCAGACGUCGGGAGUCGCCGUUCCCUUCCCCCCCCUCAAGGUGUUGUCUGACGGGAAGCCGUGCGUCCUGUUCCAGGCCAGGAAGCUGUCUCUGCGCUACGAGAAGCAGAAGCAGCUGGACCUGACGGAGAGAGCCUUCUCUCCUCAGCAACCUGUGGACACCAGCCAGUCAGUCUGCCUCCGGGACAAGGCCACGCUGAUCAUGAGGUUUGGAGACGUGGAGGAUUUGAGAGCCCUGUCUAUCGGGCUGCAGCUGUCCAACACCUUCUACGAGUCUUCGGGUCAGUGGUGGUUCUCGGUGGACAGCGUGUCCCUGCGCUACAACACCUCCGAGGAGGCUGUGUUCAACGCCAGCGACGUGUACGCCCCCGCCUCCUCCUCCUACCACUGCCUGCACGUCAGCAGCCUGCAGCGCUACAGCGCGCUGCUGCUGCCCAGCAGCGACCACGCCCGCCGCUGGACCGUCACCUUCACCAACUUCCAGAUUCAGGCGUUCAACGUCACCGCCGGCAAGUUUUCCCCCGCGAGCGUCUGCGCCACCUUCAUGACGCCGGCCAUCCUGAUGGGCCUGGUCACUUCCCUCAUCCUGCUGCUGGUCCUGGCCUACGCCCUGCACAUGGUGGUGCACCUGAAACACAUCGAGCAUGAGGACGAGCACAAGGCCGACGUCUACUACCCGCAGAGCCCCCAACAGCCCGAACACUGCUGCGUGGAAAACGGAGCGGAGAAGAACGUGCUGUAGAGCGGCCACGGGCGUAAUGAAACACUUCAACAAGAGACGCAGCUGAUUGGAUGCUGACAACUGACAACAAACCUUUGGUGGGAUUAUAGAGUUUAACCUCAGGAUUAGAUUUUUUAAAAAUACAUAUAUAUUUUUAGUGUUUUUUUUAACGAUCCGAUUAGUAAAAUUAUGCAUUUGUCUUGAUAACACAUUUUAUAAAAUAUAUAAAUAAAAUUCAUGUUUCUUUUGUUCAAUUUCCAUCUAUAUUUGUAUAUUUUUUAUUGUUGGAAUUUGGUACUCUGACAAUGAGGUACAAGAGAAACUCUCACUGUACACAAAAAACGAUUUUGAAUUACAAGAGUUUGUAACAUACACUCCGAUGGCAAUCUGCUCUCACU